AUGAUGUACUGGGAAUUCGCUCUUGGUAACCCUCCAUCUUCUCCGCAGGAAUCUCCCUUGUUUGCAGCUUUGCAAUAUGCACAAGAGCCCGCUCUGAUACCAAUUGAAAGUGCAUGGGGGUUUACAAGGGCAAAUCGUAACAGAUUGGUAUCAGAGCUCAUGGUUGGGAAGGAUCCACCAAACUCACGGAUUGAUGUCGACAAGUUCGACGGGAACGGAGACUUCUCUCUUUGGAAGAUCAGAAUCUUGUCACACCUUCGGGUUAUUGGAUUGAAAGAUAUCUUGACUGAUGACAAGCUGGAAAAGACGGUGGUAACAUCUGGUGGAGCUGGUGAUGCGGCGUGGACGACAUCGGAGGUAGUUUCUGAUCCUGACAAGAUAGAUAAAUCAGAAAGAGCUAUGGGGGUUAUCAUAGCUAACGUUGGAGACCAUGUAUUGAGGAAGAUUAAGAACACUCAAUUUGCAGCUGAGAUGUGGUCUUUGUUAGAUCGUCUGUAUACUGAAACUUCGUUGCCAAAUAGAAUUCAUAUGCAAUUGAAAUUCUAUACUUACAGGAUGGUAGAGUCUAAGAAUAUUGAUGAGAAUGUCGAUGACUUCUUGAAGAUAGUUGCUGAACUUAGUAGUCUCAACGUUGAGGUCUCGGACGAAGUUCAAGCUAUCUUGUUGCUUACUUCUUUGACUCCUAGCUUUGAUCAGUUGAAGCAUACUCUGAAGUAUGGAAGAGAGUCUUUAUCCCUAGAAGAAGUAGUUUCUGCAGCAAGGUCUAGGGAAAGAGAAUUAUCAGAAGAUCACAGGUCUGAUAAGAAUCAAGCAGCAAGUUUGUAUACUGGUGAAAGAGGAAGGCAACCUUACAAAGGUGCUAAGGGAAAGAAUGAUCGCAGCAGAAGCAGGUCUAGUUCAAAUACAAGGCUUACUUGUUGGUUUUGCAAGAAGGAGGGACAUAUCAAGAAAGACUGUUAUGCAAGAAAGAAGAAGUAUGGAAUUAAACCUCAAGGGGAAGCAUGA